UAUAUAUUAAAAAAUAAAAUAAAAUUACAAUCAACAUAAAAACACAUAUAAAAUGUAACAUCAAAUGAAAUGAAAGAGCUUUUGAUUUGUUGAUUUCCGUGUCAAGCAAGCUUCAGGGUUUCUUAACCGAUGGGCAAUCGAUUGCUUCACUUCUAAUCCAAACACGCCUUUACCACCGUCACCAUCAUCACCGUCGUCGUCUUCAAUCACCCCUCUCCUUAAAAACCCUAAUUUUUGCAGACCCAUUUGAUCUCAAUUGUGUAUUUGUGGUUCUGUGUCGUCAAUCGUCAUGGGUCAUGAAUCUGUAGCAGUUACAUCGCCGCCGGCGACGUCGCUCGCUCCCGGUUUCCGAUUCCACCCCACCGAUGAAGAGCUCGUGCAGUACUAUCUCAAGCGUAAGGCUUGUGGGAAGCCUUUCAGAUUCGAAGCCGUCUCGGAAAUCGAUGUCUACAAAUCUGAGCCCUGGGAACUUUCAGGCUAUUCAAGACUGAAGAGCAGAGACUUAGAAUGGUAUUUCUUCAGUCCCAUAGAUAGAAAAUAUGGUAAUGGGUCUCGAUUGAAUCGUGCCACUGGCAAAGGGUACUGGAAGGCAACUGGGAAGGAUCGGUCUGUACGCCAUAAGGGUCAGACAAUCGGGAUGAAGAAAACACUAGUCUUUCAUAGUGGACGGGCACCGGACGGUAAACGGACCAAUUGGGUCAUGCAUGAAUACAGACUUGCUGACGAAGAAAUGGAGAAAUCCAGAGUAGCGCAGGCAAAGGAUGCAUUUGUGCUAUGCCGAAUUUUUCAGAAAGCGGGUUUAGGUCCACCAAAUGGGAACCGAUAUGCACCAUUUGUUGAGGAGGAAUGGGAUGAUGAUGCCUCACUCCUCAUUCCGGGUGAAGAAGCUGCGGAUGAAAUGACAAAUGGUGAUGAUACACAUGUUGAAGGGAGUGACCUUGAGCAGGUGGAAGCAAUUAUAAUCUGUUGAACGGAUUAUAUAUUAAGGCAUUUGCGAUUCCUCACUUCAUUGCUAUUUUUAAUCCAUUAAUCAAUUGAAUCAAGUGUGAGUUCAAAUAUUCUUGUAAAUGAGAGUAAAAAACAAGUUGAUAUCUCAGUAAAGACAUAAUUAUCUAGCCCCUGGAGAUUGAUAUGGGGGUAAAUCUCUGUUUGAUUUCCUUUGCUGAGAACUUGCAUCAUGAAGGAAAUUGGUUCAGUAUCUCAUCGAUUCUAUAUAUUGAGGGUAGAUGUUGAAGGCGCCGGUUAGGGAAAGGUGACAUAGUCCACAUUGAGGGUAAUACUGGGGGAAGAGGAAAACCAAAGUUAAUGUGGGUAGAGUUAGUAAAGAAAGAUGUGAUGGCAUGUGGAUUGACUGAGGCUAUUGUAUUAAAUAGAGUGGAAUGGAAACAUGGGAUUCAUGUAGCCGAUCUCAAAUAAUUGGGAAAAGGCUUGGUGGUGGUUGUUGUGCAGAUGUUGAAGGCGUGCCUAGGCCCCAACCUGGUUAAGUUGCAGCCUAACCAAAUUUAUUAAAAUUUACACAGUAGUCCAUGGAAUCCCUCUGCUUUUAAGUUGCUUAUCCCUCUGUCAUUCAAAGCAUAGGGAAUUUCAAAAUUUAUAAGAUAAAGAGUAAUGAUUUCUAAUAAAUAUUGUUAAUUAUUUAUAAAGUAGUUUAAUCACUUUGGUCACCUAGGUAUGAAAAAAAACAACAGAGAGAAUAAUAGCAUGAUAUGUUACUAGCUUUUGCUUGUUACACAUUGCAUACCUAUUCAUGCAUUUUACUUGCAAUAUUCACACUCAAGUAUUCAUCAUAGCUUCUUUAUUUUUAUUGGAGUUCUAUUGUGAAUUUCAAUGUUUUACCGUUAUUUUCCUGCGUCCUUCUCCAAUAGUUUUCUCUGAGCCUUCUGUAAGAUUCUAGAACCAUACUGCAUGGCCUAUUAGGCAUGAAUGCAUUAUUGCUUCUUUAAUGAUAUUUUACUUUUGACUGAAGGACAACUCUAGGAAACUCAAAAUAAUUCAGCUUACAAUGUUUUUAUGCAUGCUAAGAUUAUGAAUAGUUCAUAGAUUUAGGGUUUAAAAGGUGGGGGAAGUUCCUAGGAUUGGUGCAUGGUCAAUAAAAAAGUGAUUAUACUUGGCUUAGUUUGAAAAGUGAUAUGCGAUUGAAAUGUAAUUAGUUAGUUGUCAGAAAUUCGGAAAAGCAACUAGUUGUGGAUUUUGAGUCGUAAAUUAAGGGCCAAGUGAAAAAGGAAAGGUUUGGGGUUCUGAAAUUAAAGUUUGGAAUGAAAAGCUUGAGAAAGUAAAAGGCUAGCUGUAACAAGAAUAGCAAAAUCUGUUAACAAAAAAUGAAAGAGAAUAAGGAGGAGAAUAAAAUGAAUCUAUUAGGGAUUUAGUUUAGAAUUCCUUUAGCGUUCUCGCCAGGGUAAAUUGUUUUGCACAUCACACAAUUUUCAAUACUCAAACUUAGCUCUGUUGAGUUUAAUGAAUAUGCAGAUAUAUCCCGGUUGCUUGGAAUCUCCUAAUUAUAUUAGGAUUGAACCUUUUUUUUUUGCUAAAGUAAGUACAAGCAUAGCCAUCACCCAUUUGGGACUUGAAGUGUUCACCUCCUCUCUCCCUCUCAUGGGGUGGCAAGUGAUACCAUUCGAUGAAGACAGAUUUUGAGACCAAAUAUUCUAAACUUACUAAAGACCAUAUAUAAAGACCCAAUAACAAAACUUAACCCAAGAUACAGCCUCGCCUAUACUCAGUUAAUUUUAGAAAUUCAAUAAUGCCAUUGGCUUCCAAAAAAUAAGAGAGAUUAAAUAAACUAGUUCCAUGUGGAAUUCUGAAUUCUAUGGUCUCUUAGGUCCCUUGCCUUCUUUAUAUUGUGCGAUUGAUGAAGGUUGAAGCAAGAUGUCGAUGUGACCUUUCGGCUCAAAUUUCAACUCACACCUUUCAAUGUUGAUGUGAAUUUUUCACAAAGUGACUCGACAUGUAAUACAUGAUACAAGUUUGCUCAUAGAUUAUGCCAACACAUGACACAUUUUCCUAAUAAUUAGCAUUUUUUUAGAAAAACAGUAUAAUAAAAAUGAGGACAAAGAUUUAACGAAAGAUUUAACUUUAUGUUUGAUUAAGAUGUAUCUGGAGGUUGGGGCUAUGUAUGUAGAAAGGGAUUAGAUUUUAUCCAUCAGGAUACUCUCGUAGGCUACCAAGUAAAUAGAUUCAGGUAGUAUUUAAAUAACAAUGAAGCAAGAGCAAGCCAACAAGCUCAAACAUGAACAGUUUGUUGGCAAGCUAGCUGCAUUUCUUGUGAUUUGACCAGCGUACAGGCAGGCAGCAGAGGUAAGAUUGAUGCAAGGGCCACAUAAUGUAUUUGAGAUGGCAAUUUUUUGUUUGUCAUCAUAUUUUAAGUGUCUUUUGGAAGUAGUAAAAUCUCACUACAACCGAACACACAAGUGUCUUUUACUUGUUUGUCAAACUCUAUAUUUGGCUUAACAUCUUUUAAUGCUAAAACGGACAAUGUCACCAUACCAUGUUAGUCUGCAUCGGUCAGUAGGCAUUGUAUUUGUCCUGAUGUUGUCCCGUGAUUUCUCCAAAAUAGUCUAUUACUUGUUUGUCGAACUACACAUCUGGAUCUGGUUUGUACGAUUAUGAUGCCUAUAUAUGUUCACACGUGUAUUUGUUUGAUGUUCUGGUAAUAUGAGCUGCUUACGCCACAGUUCAAACAUCCCAAUUUGUGAAAUUUUAAAUAUAUGCAAUAACUCUCCCCUAAUAUUGGCUUAUAUUC